AUGUCACACCCAAACAUGGAUGAGAGCAUUCAAAUCGAUACCAGCGAUGACGACUCCCUCUUCGAUACCCGCUCCCUAGUCGGCUCCAACCUCUCCUUCGCCUCCUCCGUCCGCGACUACAGCUAUGAAAGCGGCCGCCGCUACCACGCCUACCGUAACGGCCAAUAUCCCCUCCCCAACGACGAAGAAGAACAAGACCGCCUCGCCCUAAUGCACCAUCUCUUCAAACUCCUCACCGGCGGCGACCUGCACCGCGCCCCAAUAGCCGACACCAGCCCGCGCCGCAUCCUCGACAUCGGCACCGGCACCGGCAUCUGGGCCCUAGAAAUGGCCGAAGACCACCCGCAAGCGGAUAUUAUCGGCACCGAUCUCAGCCCCAUCCAGCCAAACUGGGCCCCGCCCAACUGCCGCUUUUUCAUCGAUGACGUCGAGAGUGACUGGACGUUCUCGCCCGGUGAGGCAUUCGAUUAUAUUCAUGCUAGAUCUAUGGGCGGCGGCAUUGGGGAUUGGCCGCGGUUGCUGAAACAGGCAUAUCAGCAUCUUAAGCCGGGGGGAUGGUUUGAGGCGCAGGAGUUUGAGACGUUGGUGGUUUCGGAUGAUGGGACGCAUGAGCUAGCGACUGUGUUGGAUGAUUGGCAGAAAUUGUUGAAUCAGGCUAGUGUGAAGUUUGGGAAACCGUUGAAUAUUGCGCCGAGGGUGUCGGAGUGGAUGACGGAGCAGGGGUUUGCGAAUGUUACGGAUGAUACGUAUAAGUGUCCUGUUGGCGGCUGGGCGAAGAAUCGCCGCUUAAAAGAAAUCGGUCGCAUUGGCAAGGUGACGAUACUGGAGGUCGUCGAGCCGUACACUUUGGCGCUCUUUACUCGUGUCCUGGGUUUCACGUACCAGGAGGCUCAGGAGUAUAUGCAUAAAGUGCGGGCGGAGUUGAUGAGCAACUCGUACCACCUCUACGUGUACUUCCACUAUGUCUAUGGGCAGCGGCCUUUUGAGGAUUCUCCUGAUUCCGACGCUUCUUGA